CCAACUUCAAAACCCUAAUUCGCCUCCUUCUUUGUUACAAUCCCAGGAGCAGCUCUUCAAACAGGUAAGAUGGCCGUUCCUCUGCUAACCAAGAAGAUUAUCAAGAAGCGUGUCAAGAGGUUCAUCCGUCCUCAAAGUGACAGGAAAAUAUGUGUCAAGCAAAGCUGGCGCAGACCCAAGGGUAUUGAUUCCCGUGUUAGGAGAAAGUUUAAGGGAGUGACAUUGAUGCCCAACAUUGGUUACGGUUCAGAUAAGAAGACCCGUCACUAUCUUCCCAAUGGAUUCAAGAAGUUCCUUGUCCACAAUGUCAAGGAUUUAGAACUCUUGAUGAUGCACAACAGGACAUACUGUGCUGAGAUUGCACACAAUGUUUCAACAAGGAAGAGAAAGGACAUUGUUGAGCGCGCAGCACAAUUGGACAUUGUUGUCACCAACAAACUUGCCAGACUUCGCAGUCAAGAGGACGAGUGAUUUCUUUUUGCAGUAUGUUGGAUUAUUUUUGCUUUGGUUGUUUUUUGUAUGAACAUGAAAGUAAUCUUUGGAAUUUUUGUUUUGAGGAGUUACUCUGUUUUGAUCCUAGAUGUUUUUGUAUUUGGCUACUUAAGUUAUAUUUUGAUUUCAGUAUUUUGACACAA